AUGACCACAGUUGUCCAGAAAGUGUGCUAUAUUUCCACUAAUGUAUCCCUCGCAAUCAUAUGUACUGCUCUUUUCAUGUUUAGCAUGCAUUUUUAUUCAAGAUCUGAGAACAAAUCUGGACAGCUGAAAGACGCUUCGAUAUGCAUGUUUGCAUCUACUAUUCUAAUUGUUUUUGAACGAGUGUUGUUUUGGAGUCGGGAAAAUAAUAACGAGAAAUUUGGUGAACUUGCUUAUUGUAUAUUCGUUUUCGUCAGGAUUUCUAUUUAUUUAGUGACAAUUUUUUCCGAAGUUGUGUUUUUAAAGAUGGGAUCAGACGACGCACCAAUCUCCUUUUUAUGUUUCACGUCGGUUUUGUUCGUUUAUGCCUGCAUUUAUGUGAAAUACGUGAUUUUAUGUUUUCAUGUUAUGUUUCACUGUACUCUUCAACAGGUCCCAACUACCGAGCCCCAGGAAGUUGUUGUUUCCGAAUGA